CAGACGGACGGAGUUGGCGGCGGCGAGCUGGAUUUCCAGCAGGAGCUGAGGAUACAGUGCGGACCUUUCCAGCAAGAUGCUAAAGGCCCCGGCUUUUUGGUGCGUGUGUGCAGCGGCCUGGUGCAGUCAGGUCCUCGCGGCGGCCGCAGCCUCGGCGGCCCGCUCGGACGGCGGGAAUUUUCUGGAUGAUAAGCAGUGGCUCACCACCAUCUCCCAGUAUGACAAGGAAGUCGGGCAGUGGAACAAAUUCCGAGACGAAGUAGAGGACGAUUAUUUUCGCACUUGGAGUCCAGGAAAACCCUUUGAUCACGCUUUAAACCCAGCUAAAGACCCAUGCUUAAAGAUGAAAUGUAGUCGCCAUAAAGUGUGUGUUCCUCAAGACCAUCGGACUGCAGUUUGCAUUAGUCACCGGAGACUAACACACAGUUUGAAAGAAGCUGGUGUAGGCCAAAAGCAGUGGCGGGGCCCUAUUCCAUCCAGCUGCAAGCAGUGUCCAGUAGUUUACACCAAUCCUGUGUGUGGAUCGGAUGGUCAUACCUAUUCUUCUCAGUGCAAACUAGAAUAUCAAGCAUGUGUCUUAGGAAAACAGAUCUCAGUCAAGUGUGAAAGACGCUGCCCUUGCCCUUCAGAUAAAUCCAGAAGUACAGGCAGAAAUGAUAAGAGAGCUUGCAGUGACCUGGAGUUCAGGGAGAUCGCAAACAGAUUGCGCGACUGGUUCAAGGCCCUUCAUGAAAGCGGAAGCCAGAACAAGAAGAGCAAGCCAAUACAGAGGCCCGAAAGAAGCAGAUUUGAUACCAGCAUUUUGCCCAUUUGCAAGGAUUCCUUGGGCUGGAUGUUUAACCGACUCGAUACAAACUAUGACUUGCUCUUGGACCAGUCAGAACUUCGAAGCAUUUACCUUGACAAGAACGAACAGUGUACCAAGGCGUUCUUCAAUUCUUGUGACACGUACAAGGACAGCUUGAUAUCUAACAACGAGUGGUGUUAUUGCUUCCAGAGACAGCAAGACCCACCGUGCCAGACGGAGCUCAGCCACAUUCAGAAGCAGCAAGUGGGAAAGAAGCUCCUAGGACAGUUCAUCCCACUGUGCGAUGAAGAUGGCUAUUAUAAACCAACCCAGUGCCAUAGUGGUGCAGCUCAGUGCUGGUGUGUGGACAGAUAUGGAAAUGAGGUGACAGGUUCAAGAACCAAUGGCGCCAUUGACUGUGCUAGCGAUUUAGAGGUCUCGGGAGAUUUUGCUAGUGGAGAUUUCCACGAAUGGACAGACGAUGAGGAUGAUGAUGACGAUAUCGUGAAUGAUGAAGAUGAAAUGGAAGAUGACGAUGAGGACGAAGGGGAUGACGAUGAUGAUGAUGACCACGAUGGAUACAUUUGAUGAGAUCUAAGGUCCCUGGAUUCUACCUUUCUAACGUUCUCAAGGUGAUAUCUCAUAGAAAAUUACUUUGCCCACUGAGAUCUAAAGGAUUCUAAACAACAUGUAUAUUUUGUAUAAUUGUUUCAAAUAUUGCAGCUGGAGUCAUAGACUUUCUUUGUUCAAAUAAGAAUCAUUUCUAGGCUUUUGAGUUUUUAUAUGCCUUUGAGCUGAAGAAAACACAUGAGCAAGUAAAAAAUAAAAGGUGAUGUACUUGAAAAAACAAGCAGAAUUUCGUAAGGACAACCAGACUUUUUAAUUCAUAUUCAAAAAGGAUAUUUUGUCAUUCAUUUGGAAUAACACGUGGCUUCCUCAUAGCAGGUACUCUAUAAUAAAUUAAGCAAUGUUCACUUUAGUAGUGGCUUGGCCAUGAGACUAAAAUAAGAAAAUACAGAAGAUAAUGGUCAGCGAAAUUACCCUGGAGAUUGCAAUGCCAAAAUAAGGACUCAUGAAGCUAAGAUUAGACAGGCAUUGGACAAAAAGGUAUAUGCCAUAGAGUAAGAGCAACAGAGAGAUUAGAGUAAGGUCAUUCUUUGUGUGGUUGUGUGAGUUAUGAAAUAACUCUAUUUUUUUUAAGAACAGUACCAUAGACAAGGAUUGAUUCUGCAAGGAUAAAGUGUUGUUGUCCUUUAUUUUCAUUAUUUUGUCUUCAUUUUCUUGUAGACAUUAUUUUUUCCAACAGUGUGAUUUUCCAUCGUUCUACUUUGCUAUAGCUCUCGAACCAGCAGUUUAGGGUACUGAAUAUGAAAUUGGAAAGUUAUAAGUAAAAUAUUAAUUUAUUAAUUAUUGACAGAUAAUAACACUUACCCAAGGCCAAAUUAAAAAAUCUAAAUUUUGUCAUUUGGGUUCCCACUAAAGGAAAGCUUUUAUUUUAAUCUGAAAAUUUUUUCCUUUUAUUUUUCUGGUACACAGACUUAGAAAACAUAAUGUAAGGUGCCUUGCAAAAUAGUUAUAGAAAGGUUUUAGCAUGCAACCGGUAUAGGACAUUAGGCAAUAGCUAAAAACAUCCGAUUACCAAAUUAAUGCCAGUAUAGGUACUGUUGCUGGAAUGAAGAAAUGGGUUAUUUUUCAUUUUUUUUUUCUAUUGUUCUGUAAUUACCAUGUGGACUAGGAUACAAUUAUUGUGUAGAGUAGCAUUUAAGAUUUAACUGUAGAGACGAUUACUUUAAUCACUGUAUUUAUGUUAGCAUGUUAAUUAAUUGUGUAGACAUUUUGGAACUCCACCACCUUCCUACACAUCAGACCUUUGGGCUUGAACCCACAAUAAAAUUGGAACAACCUGUUUAAUAUUACACAACUUGUUGUUUAUUUUCACAGUGGAUUACUGGUUUCCCUGAUCUUCAUCUGCAAUUAAUUGAGAGUAUAAUGAGUUUAUUCUUUGCAUUUUGAUUUAUACAUAUGAAACACUAAAUUUAAUGUUUACCU